AUGCAUAAGCGCUACAAGGUGCGCUCCCUUUCUAAAUCCAUCCGGACUGAACUUCGAAGGCUUGACAACAAAUGUAGUCCUGGGACCGGGCAAGCGCUCAUGCGAGUUUCUGGUGUCAAACCCUUACACUGCUCACCUGCUGCGGUAGACAUAGAUGGUCUGAAUCAGAGUUUCAGCAACGGUGGAACCGCUCUCACUGCUCUACCUAAUGAAUGUGAAAUAAACACCACUGAUCCCGUCUCCAGCGUCGCACAUGUCGAUAUUUCUCAAGAGUUGGCUCGAUUAAAUCCUCACAAGUCCUGCGGCCCCGACGGAGUCUCACCCGCUGUCCUGAAAGAAUGUGCUGCCUUCCUUUUCCGUGUACUGAGUGAACUUUUCAAUGAUUAUGUUUCAGCAACGUAG